GCAGUCUGAAUUGAUAGAAAGGGAACUAGAGCAGAUGACAGAACAGAUCAAAUCAAUCAUCCAAUCCCUUAACUCAAACCAGGGUGGAGAACUUGAUGCACUUGAUGGAAUGACUCCAUUAGAUGCAGUGGUUAGAAUUCUAAAUAAUCAACUAACUUCUCUGAUGUGGAUUGAUGAAAAGGCUGAAGAAUUUUCUUCCCGUAUUCAGAAGCUAGCCAACCAAGGUUCUUCAGAUCGUGAACUGACUGGUCCAGGAAUCUGGAUGUCCUGAUAUUUCAAAUUUGUACAGUAUCUGAACCUUGUCAAAAUUAGAUGAAAUACUUUUACCAAAAAAAAAAAAAAAAGAUGAAAUACCAGCAAGAGAAAACAGAGAUUUGUAUGCAUAGGCUAUUAUUUCCCCCCAAGAUUCCGGAAACUGUUUCAGAGAUUUUACUAUAUGAACUUUUAUUGA